UAAAUACACAUUUUUUAAAGUGAGUGUAGAGAAAUCAUGGCUGCAGAAAUACCUAAAUACAUUACACUUCCAAGUGGUGCAAAAUAUCCUGUUAUUGGGUUGGGAACGUUUACAGUUUUUAAUGCAACAGGUGGCCCAGGUGCUGUUUUUGAAGCAGUUAAAUAUGCGAUUGAUAUUGGAUACCGUCAUGUAGAUGCUGCCCGUGUUUAUGGAAACGAAGGCGAAGUAGGGGAUGCAAUACAAGCAAAACUAGACGACGGAACAAUUAAAAGCAAGAAAGAAAUAUUCAUCACAACAAAGCUAUGGGAUACUCAUCAUAACCCAAAAGAUGUAAAAGAGAAUACAAUGAAGUCUCUAAAACUCCUCAGAGUAGACUCUGUACAGUUAUUCCUAUUGCACUGGCCAUUUGGUUUUAAGGAUGGAGAUGACAUGUUCCCAAAAGACAAAGAUGGAAAUGUUAUAUUUUCUGACCACGACUACGUCGAUACAUGGAAGGCAAUGGAAGAACUUGUAGAUGCAAAACUGGUUGAAAACAUUGGAAUUUCAAAUUUUAAUAAAGCUCAGACUGAGAGACUGAUGAAAAAUGCGAGAAUAAAACCAUGUAAUAUGCAGAUCGAAAUACAUCCAUAUUUUUCCAAUAAAAAAUUAGUUGAGUUCUGCCAAUCAAUUGGAAUGUCAGUGACAGCAUAUGCACCCCUGGGAAAUGCAGGAAGAACUUGGAAAAAUGCAGGUGAACCACUCAUAUUUGAUGAACCAGUUUUGCAAGAAAUUUCAAAAGCAAAAGGAAAAUCUAUUACACAAGUCGUACUACGAUUUCAUCUUCAAAGAAAUUUGGUUGUUAUACCAAAAUCUGUCACACCUAGUAGAAUUAAGGAAAACUUUGAUGUAUUUAGUUUCAGUCUUACGGAUGAAGAAAUGCAGAAAAUAUGGUCAUUGAACAAAAAUCUACGUUUUUAUGGUGAACCUAUUGCCAAAGAUCACAAGUACUACGCAUUCCACGACGAGUUUUGAACACGUGAUCACAUUGAACUUAACUUUUUAUUUACUGGUUUAAGAUGUUUUUGUAAAAAUAAAUCAAUUACGCUUAUUAUA